AUGCACAGCCGAAACCUAUUGGAGGACAACGCGUCGUUCCACGACAGCAUCGAGAUCGCCAACGUCCGUGUGUGCUAUUUUCCGCCCAAAAUGACAACUUUCUUGCAGCCACUCGACGCUGGUAUCAUCAAGAGAUUCAAGGGUAAGUACAAGAAGCUUCUUGUACGCUGGGUGGAUGACCAGCUCGAGGUCGACGGCAACGUUUCGCGCAUGGACGUUGUGACAACAAUCAAGUUCUCCGUUGAUGUGUGGGCUGAUGUCAGUUCGAGUACUGUUCAGAGCUGUUGGCGCCAUACGGGCAUCGUACCAGCACUCAUGUCGGCUGUGUUCAAGUCAUCCAGCGACUAUGUCGAUGCCGACGAUCUCCCCGAUCUCAACGCACUCAUUCGCCAUUUCGACCUCGCCAACCCGCUCGACGCUGACGCCUACAUCGACAUUGAAAAAAACUUCUAUGGAGCUAGUGUUGACACAGCAUCACCGACCAGCGAUGUAGAGGGCGAUGCUGUCGAAGGGUGGAAAACAGAGAAGAUGAAUGGGACUUUUCCUACCGUGAAGCUCUAG